ACACACAAGGCCUCUUGUGACACUGUGUAUGAGUUAUGAAGGCUAAAGGCUUGAGUUGCAGGUGGCUGCGUAUGGAUGUUUUGGAAGCUGACUUGUGGAAUGUUAAAGCAGAGAGGAGUCACCAGCUCUGGUGACUAUGUAAGGCAGCUGUGGGGAAUAUGUCAGGCAUGCUAAGCUGUAAGGUGCUCAUGCAAGACUAGCCAUAUUGAAGUACACUACUAGCCUGGGAAAUCCCAUGCUGCUUUGCACAAUCACUCCGAUCUAAAAGACGGAAUGGCUCAUAAAGAGCUGAACAUAUUUCUAGAAAACACUGCAAGCUGAUUAGUGUUCAUUUUUUUCCGAGCCUCAACUCAACUUUCAACUUUCAAAUUUAUUAUCCCAAAAGGGCAAUUAAAUGUGGAUCAAGACACCAACAUAAACAAAAUAGAGGACAGAUCGUGAUGUGUGGUCAUUAACCCGAAGAAGCACUUGGUGAAAUACAUAUACGUCGUUCAGUCCAAACAGUACUAGGAAAAAAAAACAGUAAUCAAUUUUUGACGUCCGUGGCAAAAGGUUUGUUUUGGCCAUGUGGUUAACGUAGGUCACGUGGGAAGGUUGUAAGAUUGAAGAGUGCAAAUGGGGUGACACAUUCCCUCUGAAGUGGAGUGGCGGUCCCUCCUGUCGUGCAUACUGUAAGAAGGGAGGGAGAAAGGGCUGGACUGGGAUCAGAAAACGGCCCUGGCAUUUUAGGAUUACACUGGCCCAUCACUCAAGUCAACAGUCCAUGCUGAAGAUGUAUAAAUGGGCUGACCCCUCUACAUAAUGGGCCCAUCAAAACAAAAAAGAGCAUUGGCCCACAAGGACUGUCGGCCCAUCGGGAAAAUGCCCGAUGUGCCAGACGACCAGUCCAGCCCGGGAAAGAGGGUGGAAACAAGAAAGGUGGAGGGGAGAAGAAGGGUGCGUAAAAAAAGAGUGAGGGGAGGGGUAUGUGGAGAGUAGAAGAAGGGUGGAGCAAUGGAAGCCACCUCGCCUGACCUUGCUGGGGGUUCAGACACGCAGCUCCCAACCACGCAGGGAAGAUGGCCACCCGAUUCGCCAAGCUCGAGGAGGACCUGUCCUGCCCCGUGUGCGCCCAGAUCCUGAGGCAGCCCGUGGUGUUGUUCUGCCGGCACCGCUUCUGCAAGCCCUGCCUGGAGGACUACUGGAACGGCAACCCAGAGGACCUCUGCUGCCCGCUGUGCUGUCUGCCUGCCUCCAGGGACCAUCUGGUCAUCAAUGCCAUGUUGGAGAAGACGUGCGCGGCGUACAUCCAGGAGCACAAGAAGAACGAUCCGAUGGCGUGCCCGGAGCACGGCAAGCCUCUCACCCUCUUCUGUGUCGAGGAGCUGCUUCCCGCCUGCGUCGAUUGCCAGUUUGCCACCCGCCACAUAGGUCACAGGUUGUACCCCUUAGCUGAAGCGGCAGUGGACUGUAAGGAGGAGCUCAAGACUGCUCUCAAACCACUCAAGGAGAAACUCAAACUCUACACCCACGCCAAACAAACUGCAGAUAAAGUUGCAGACCAUAUCAAGAUGCAGACGGAUAAUGCUGAGAAACAGAUUAAGGAGGAGUUUGAAGAGCUUUAUAAGUUUCUACGAGAGGAGGAAGAGGAGAGGCUAAGAGUCCUGAAAGAGGAGGAGAAGCUGAAGACCCAGAAUAUCAACGAUCGCAUCACGGAAAUCAGCAACGAGCUGGCCUGCCUGGCUAUCAACAUCAGGACCGCAGAGCAGGAAAUGAGAUCCCAAGAUAUUCCGUUUUUGAAGAAUUACAAGGAAACUAUUAAAAGAACAUGGCGUAAACCUAUGGAUCCAGAGGACCUUUCGGGAGGUCUGAUAGAUGUUGCAAAGCAUUUAGGUUCCUUGAAGUUUAAAGUCUGGGAGAACAUGAGAAACAUUGUUCACUACACCCCAGUAACCCUGGACCCCAACACGGCGGCCAGCUGCUUUCUGCUCUCCAAAGACCUCACCACGGUGCAGUGCCUCAACAAGACCUUCAAGCUGCCUAACAACCCUGAGCGCUUCGAUGUGAGCGCGGAGAUGCUGGGCUUCGAGGGCUACACGGAGGGCCGGCACGUCUGGGACGUGGAGGUCAAGGACAACACCUACUGGGUGGUCGGCGUUGCCAGCGAGUCCAUCAACCGCAAGGGCAAGCACGUGCUGACGCCCGCCGAGGGCUUCUGGACCAUACGCUUCCGCAACGGCGAGCACAAGGCCUGCUCGGCCCCCUGGGAGUCGCUCACCAUGAGCCUAGGGCCACCGCAGGUCAUACGUGUGGUGCUGGACAUGAACCGGGCCAAGGUGACAUUCUACGACCCGCGUGAGAGGACUCCACUCUACACAUUCACUAACGUCGUCAGCACCAGGAUCUACCCUUACUUCUGCUCGGCCUGUAAGGAGCACCCGCUGAAGGUGCUGCCUGUGCGGCUCUCUCUCUCCAUAGACCACUAGACGGUUGGCCCUUUCAUUGAAGGCAUAAUCACUCUCAAACGGCAUGGAGUUUUGUAGUUUUUGAGACUUUGGACUUUGGAAGAGGUUUGCUCUCUCUCAGCAUAGACCGCUAGCGAGGGUCCCGCCUGUGCUGCUUUUUCUCAACAUAAACCGCUAGCGAUGCAGUCGACGGAAUUACUCACUUCCAAGAAGCUAAGGCUCAUAUAGGCCUACAACAAGUGUUGCACAUACUGUAAGUUCAGUCCCUGUCAUUGAAGAGCCUGACUGUGUGUCUCUCUCACCAUAGACCGAUGGGGAGGAGGAGGUGGUUCACAGAAUUACUGUCUCCCACUUGCAAAGAGCCACAGCUUUGGUUCAUAUUAUACAGUAGUUUUUGCUUGUGUGCGAAACUACUGUAGGCCUAUAAUAUGAACCAAAGCUGUGGCUCUUUGUAAGUGGGAGACAGUCAUUUCAUUGAAGGUGAAAUCACUCCAACGGGUGCAGAGUUUUGUGGUCAAGGUAAAUGAAGCAAGGUAAAAAAUGCACUAAAAGGAAAAAUGACCUAUGCUCAUGCUCAUGUGGCUUUUUCUGACCAGACAGCUAUGGCCCACGGAAUUACGAUCUCUGACACUUACAAAGAGCCAGGGCUUUGAUUCAUAUUCACCAUAUCACCCUGCCCACUAAUAUCGUCCAUUUCAAUGUUUGUCAUGCUCCCACAGCAUUUCCGGUCUGCUAGUUCCUGUUAGGCUGCCCAUAGCCCUUCUAAAUGAUUUAUCACUAGCAACUGCCACCAAAAUAGUAAUGGCGCUGCCCUUGUAACCAUGGAUACAGUACAAAGUGGAUAUAGUAGAUUUGCACUACAGCCCUUUCAUUGAAGGCAUGAUCACUCAAAUAGCAGGGAAUUGUGUGGUCAAGGUAAAGGAAGCAAGGUAAAAGCCUACGCAAUAUAAAAAAAUAUAUUUGAAUCUAAUGCAUCCAAUUAAAUACAGUAUUUCUUCUUUGUCCUGUUUGGAGAUAUUACAAGUAGGCCUACACAAUAAUAAAGAGAAAUGCAAUAUAGAAAUCCGGCAUCAUUUUGAGCCACAAGUCAAAAUUCAUUUAGGGGCUGGAGACAUUGCAGUAGGUUAUGCAUUACACUACAUUACAUUUCACUUAGCUGACGCUUUCAUUAUGCUUAUUGCCAAAUUGCAUUCAUAGCCUACUAAGCCAACUACAUUACAACAGUUAUGAAAUCGGACAGUAUGAAGGUUUUUAUUUUCAUACAAACACACGUACACAGUUUAUUUUCAUGUAGUGUAUGUUAGUUUAUGUUUGGCAGCUUGCUGUUGACCUCAAUUGAAUCACCAAAAACGUUGGCAUUUUGUUGUUCUUUGUCUGUGUGUUUGUGUAUGUUAUAGACUAGUAAUUACAUUUACACACAUUUUGGGACAUGUGUGAAAGCUGUUGCUUAUUCUUAUGAUCCUAUUGCAUAUUUCCUUCCUUGAACUUGACACAUGAUGUUUGACAUGUCCAUUUCGCUAUGCUAAAUCUGUAGCACUGCUGUUUUAAAUGUGUUUUAUAAAUAAACUGACAUCUGUAUUACAGUUAA